GUGUGGUUUCCGCUGAACACAGGGAAGUUCUUCAUCCUGCUUGGAUUCUACCUUUAGCCCUUGGGAGCGUUCUCUAACACAUCCAAACUACCAUCCAGACCCAAGAAACCGAGGUCCAAAACAGGUCAAGAUGGGGUUUAUAUUCUCAAAAUCUAUGAGUGAAAACAUGAAAAACCAACAGGAGUUUAUGCUUAUGAAUGCUCGACUCCAGCUGGAAAGGCAGCUAAUGAUGCAGAAUGAAAUGAGAGAAAGACAAAUGGCCUUGCAGAUUGCUUGGUCUCGGGAAUUCCUCAAAUAUUUUGGAACCUUUUUUGGCAUUGCAGCCAUCUCUUUAACAGCUGGAGCAAUAAGAAGGAAGAAGCCAGCCUUCCUCUUCCCUAUUAUUCCAUUAAGCUUCAUCUUCACAUACCAGUAUGACUUAGGAUAUGGAACCCUUCUACAAAGAAUGAAAGGUGAAGCUGAGAACAUACUGGAAACAGAAAAGAGUAAGUUGCAGCUGCCAAGAGGCGUGAUCACUUUUGAAAACCUUGAAAAAGCCAGAAGGGAACAGAGUAAAUUCUUCAUAGACAAAUGAAAUCAUCUUUACCCACCAAAUCUCAAAACACAUAAUUAUUGACUUGAAUCAUGGUUUUUACAAAUUUUUAGAUGAUUGAGAUUUUGAUAUAAUGGAUUUUAUUUUACAAUAUUAAAAUGCAAGAUGAGUUUUGUUAAACUAUUUUAAAAUAAAAUUUAUAACAUCAACACAAAAUCAUGGAGGUAUGCUAAAUAACUUUCAUAUUUCCUAUAUAUGUGUGUAUUACAAAUAUCUAAAUGUAUAAUUAAUAAAUUAUAUUGUUUUGAAUUCCUGGAAGCAAA